AUGCGUUUUCUAGCGUUGUCCGACGUGCUGUUAAAUAACAACGACUGGAGUUGUGAAAGACGUGCACUUUGUGAAAGAACUGCUAGCUGGAACGUGCCCGGUUACAUGAACAACUACAACGUUCAGCGGCUCGGGGACACGGCACAGCCAAACACCUUGACGGUGUACAAGCGACACAUGUGCGCCUACUGCAAGAAAGUCUAUCCCCUGAAGAAUCUGCUGAAGAAGCACAUGCAGUCAGGCUGUAGGAUGAACCCGCGCGGCACGCCAUUCGCCUGUAGCUUCUGCCCUUACAAGAGCAUGUACAAGGCCAACAUGGAACGACACGUGAGAAACGUCCACGAAACCGACAGCAGUCACAAGUUCCACUGCGAGCUCUCUUUAGUGUGGUCUCACAAAGGGGAUUACGGAUACGACGCGCUACAUCGCCUUGGUGACGAUGGUAAAGCGCGCGAGAAGAGCUACGUGUGCGUGAAUUGCGGCAAGGGCUACGCGGUGAAGCGGUCCCUUUGGAGGCACCGAAAGUUCGAGUGCAUAAACCCGGCGACGAAGUUCACUUGCGAUCUGUGUCCGUACGAGAGCCCGUACAAGUGGCGCGUCGACCUUCACAGCAGGAAGCACGAUCCACAAUCAGGCUACAAUCAGUACUAUAACGCCCCUGUUUUGUGGCCUUACAAAAGGAUGUACGGAUACGAAGGCGGCAGCAGCCAGUUGCAUCAGCAACAGGACGAUGGCAUUCUCGAAGAGCGCGAGAGAAGCUACGUGUGCUCGAUCUGCGGCAAGAGCUACACGGUGAAGAGGUCCCUGUGGCGGCAUCAGAAGUUCGAGUGCGUGAACGCGAAGCCGAGGAUCAAAUGCGACCUGUGCUCGUACAGGAGUCCGCACAGGUGGUGCGUCGACAGACACCGCAAGAAGCAUCACGGCAGGAUCCGGCCGUUUCCAACCGCUUACCGGAAGAUGUACAUGGGCGAUCAGGUCCUCGGCUACACCUGCACCAUGUGCAGCAAGUUCUACAAGAUGUGGAGCAACUAUCUGAAGCACAAGUGCGAGCCGCCGCAGUUCAAGUGCCCGCUCUGCCCGUUCGCCGCCUUCAAGGCCUUCAUCCUGCACGCCCAUCAGGCCGAGCAGCAUUUCAAGGUCACCUCGCCGUAA